GAUAAGAAGAAACUCCAUAGGAACAUAUCUCCGUGUCCUGUCUCAUCUCAUGCAAAUGGCCUUAUCCAUAUCUUCAACCUUAUCGGUACUUCGAUACCGUGAUCGACCUCAAAGGUUACUUCCGGGACAAGUCACGACAUCGUUACGAGGGAGAACCGACAAGAACGCGGCGAAAGGAGGAGUGUCGAGUGUUUGUGAACCACUUCCUCCCGAUAGACCAUUAUGGUUCCCCGGUAGCUCUCCUCCGGAAUGGCUGGAUGGCAGCCUUCCCGGAGAUUUUGGCUUCGACCCACUUGGAUUAGGUUCUGAUCCGGAAACUCUAAAAUGGUUCGCACAAGCCGAGCUAAUGCAUGCGAGGUGGGCGAUGCUAGCAGUGGCCGGAAUCCUCAUACCCGAACUCCUCGAAUCGCUCGGUUUCAUCGACAACUUCUCAUGGUACGAUGCUGGUGAGAGAGACUAUUUCACAGACCCCACGACCUUGUUUGUGGUUCAAAUGGCAUUGAUGGGAUGGGUAGAAGGCCGAAGGUGGGCUGACAUGCUUAAGCCGGGGAGUGUCGACAUCGAACCCAAACUUCCCAACAGGAAGAAUCCGACUCCCGACGUCGGUUACCCCGGUGGCUUAUGGUUCGACCCGUUUAUGUGGGGACGAGGGUCGCCAGAGCCGGUGAUGGUGUUGAGGACUAAAGAGAUUAAAAAUGGACGACUUGCUAUGUUAGCAUUCGUGGGGUUUUGCUUCCAAGCUGUGUAUACUGGUGAAGGCCCGAUUGAGAACUUGAUGGCUCAUGUUGCUGAUCCUGGUCAUUGCAACGUUUUCUCGGCUUUUACAACACAUUGAUGAUCAACUGUGAUUCGAUUGCUGGAAUUGCAAGGAUUCGGUCCAAAAACUUUGGUAAAGCAAUCAUCGGUAUUCUUUGGUCAAAUUGUUGUUCUAGUCCUUGAAUUAUACAGAACUUGAUGGUUUUGUUCUUUUUCUUUGACA